AUGAAUUCCGACUUACCAACAAGUGGCAAGCUAAUAUUUGAAACGACAUUAGGGGAAAUUGAUAUUGAAUUAUGGUGUAAAGAAUGCCCAAUCAUUACAAGGAGAUUUCUUGAAUUGUGUGAAAAUGGUUUUUUUAAUGGAAAUUCAAUAAAAAAGGUAUUUAAGGGCCAGUUUAUUGUUUUAGGAAGGCUAGAAAUGGAUUCGAAAAACAAAUUUGAAUUAGAAUGCAAUUCUAGGCUAAAAUUUAAACACAGAGGAAUGUUGGGAUUAUUUAAUGAGGACGAAUAUUCAACAAGUAUUGAAUCUCAAUAUCAUAUUUUUAUUACAUUGGAUAAAAUUAAAGAUUUUAAUAAGUAUACAUUGUUUGGAAAAAUUGCGAAUGACACAAUCUACAAUUUAAUGGACAUACAGAAUGUUGAAGUUGAUGAUCAGUUCUCUCCAAAAUUACCUGUUAAAAUCAUUAAAACAGUGAUAAUAAUGAAUCCUUUUGCAAAAUACAAGGUUAUUGACGAAAAAUUGCAAAAAUUCUCAGAUUCAACCGAUUUUAAAUUUUAUGUUGAUUUAAAAAAAAAUAAGUUAAUAAAUAACAGAAAUCUACUAUCUUUCUAUAAAGAUGAUGAAGAAUCUAAUUCGAAAAAUCGCAUUGUAUUUAAUUCUGAUUAUAAACAAUCGUUAAAAAAAAAUCAAAAUGAUUUGAAGGACAAUACUAGCAGAAAUAUCGGCAAAAAAUUUGAAACAUGCCAUUUGGAAGAUCCAAUCAUCAAAAAUAAUGAAGAAGCAUCUGCUCAGAAUAAUGAAACUAAAGAACUUAAGAGAAAUAAUAAGUCAGAAAGUUUCAAAAAGAACGAUAAAGAAACAGUCGACAAAUUAAGAGAGUUUAGUAAAAGAUUAAAGACUUCACUCAAAUCAAAUAAUGAGGAAUGGUAUAACAGAAAUAACGGUUUAAGUUUUGGAGUUGGCUCUGGCAGUGUAUAUGAACAUUUGAAGCAAAGGCAGUAUAAAAAUAAUUAG